GGCGCCCGGAUGUCGAUCAAAAUGAGCGAGCCCCAGCCCUGCGCCGGCCGCCCGGGCGGGGGGAGCCGCGGCGCGGCGGCACCGGGCACCGGCGGGGAGGCGGCCGGCACAUGGGACGGCAGGCUUUGGCAGCGGGGUAGAGCCUGCACAGCUGCGGACGGAGCUCAUGGAUAGAGGGCGCUUGGCAGGAUAACCCCGCGAUGGCUGCCCAGUCGAGCUUGUGCAAUGAGGACAGAAACUUGCUGCGGAUUCGAGAGAAAGAGAGACGGAGUCAGGAGGCUCUGGAAGACAAAAAUCAGUUCUCCAAGAAGACUCCCCUCUUUGCAGAACCCUACAAGACUAAUAAAGAAGAUGAGUUGUCAAGCCGAAUUCAGAACAUGCUGGUCAAUUAUGAGGAGGUCAAAGAGUUCAUGAGCAACAAAUCCUGUCAGAACCUUAUAGGAAUUCCAAAGAGCAUUGCCCCUCUGUUUCCCCCCGGACAGCCCGAUCGCCCGUACUUCCCUGAGAAGUCCAUCCGUACGUUGCCAUCUUCAUUCCAGCACCCCACCCGCCGUCCACCCGUGGGACCUAUGGUUGUAGCCCCUCAUCCUCCAAGCCACUCCAGUCACUACCUAAAGGCACAGUCAGGAACAGAACCAGCUUCAGGUCUGCACAGCAAGAGCCGCAGCUUACCCAGCGCUCGGAGCCACGGUCAGGAACUCAGCUGUGGUGGCCGGGACAGGCAGGCAGGUUUUCCCCACGGUCACAAUGACAAGCCUGGGAAUGGGGAAGGCCGUGCUCAUGGCCUGCAGGCCUCCCCUCUGGGGCUUUCCCCCUUCCUGCCAUGUUUGUUGUCUUCUCCAGUGGCACCCCUGUCACCUCUACAUUCCAGCCAGCAUAUCAAUUCCAGGUCACAGAACAGCAGCAAAAGUCAUGGGUCAACCUACAGUCAAACAAAAUCAUUACAGGACWUAGUGACAGGAUCACAGGAGAAGGAAAGUCGGGACAGCCCAGCCGUUACUUUGACCAGCACCACUCAGCCUUCCUCUCAGACUUUUCCCCCUUCUUUGACAUCAAAAGCCAGUGCAAUGCAGCAGAAACCAACUGCCUAUGUCAGACCCAUGGAUGGCCAAGAUCAGACACCGUUUGAUUCUCUGGAGCUCAAACCUCUCCUGGAUGAAUACCACGAAGGACCCAAUGAAGAUGUCUCGGAUUUGAAGGCAAAAGUUAAAGCUGAACUGUCCAARUUGGAAACCCCUUCUGAGCCCAAGGAAGAGACCGAUGAAGACCUCUCAGAUUUGAAGGCAAAAGCCAAAGCUGAACUAUCCAAAUUGGAAACCCCUUCUGAGCCCAUAGAGCAAACCAACCCCAUUGAUGUGCAGUCCAUUGAAGAAAUUUUGAGGGAAAUGACCCGCUCUUGGCCACCUCCCCUGACAGCUCUUAAUACGCCUACUAAAGCAGAGCCUUCGAAAUUUCCAUUCCCAACAAAGGAAUUGCAGCCUGAAGGAUCUGUAGCAAAGGAWCAGAAGCAGUAUGGARCACCUUCAGAAACAUCACUGUMUAGUUCUCAGCCAAGAACMUCAAUGCUCCAGGACGACCUGCAGCUCAGUGAUAGUGAAGAGAGUGGUGACGACCAAGUUGUUGAAAAGUCACCUUCUUCACUUGCUCCUCCAAGUUCCUUACAGUCCCAGCCCAAGAGUGUGGCAUCAGCACAUUCCAGCAGCUCGGAGUCAGGGAGCACCAGUGACUCAGACAGCUCCUCAGACUCGGAGACAGAGAGCCACUCGAGCGACAGUGAAGCAAACGACCCUCCAAGAGCCCCAGCACCUGAGCCCGAGCCACCAUCCUCUAAUAAGUGGCAGCUGGACAACUGGCUGACCAAGGUGACCCCACCAGCAGUGCCAGCAGAGAGCCUCAGUGAAACUGCCYGUGGGGAUGGAYGUGAGGAGGGCAAGAAGCAGGAGUGGGGCACCAKCAGCAAUUCCUGCCAGCAGCACAGUGGGCUGAGGGAGCCGUCUCACAAGAGCCAAGCAGCCAGGGCUCCUCAGGAGGCUCCUCUGCCGACCAAACGCGGCUGCCAGAAGCCUCCAGCACACGCUGAGGAGCCCUCACCCCGGCACACCGUGGGGAGCAAAGGACCCAGCAAGCCCCUGGUCCACGAGGGGCCCAAGAGGGGUCUGAAGGUGGAGAGUGACCCUGCUCCUUUGGAGGUCAGAGACCAGUCUUCCAGAGACAAGCCGAAAGUCAAAAAAACAGUGAAGACAAAAUCCACUAACAGAAAAGACCCAAAGCCAGGACUUGWAGAGCCCUCUGAGAAAAAAAGGCACAAGGGCUCCCACCAGGUCAACACCAAGCCCUUCUUGGACCCCAAGCUCAUGGAAGAUGCCCCAGCAUGUGAUACUUUCAGUCCCCUUCCUCAGGGCCAGGGCACAGCUCCCAUCAGGACCAGCAGCCAGAGGCCUCAGGAUUUGCACAAGGAAAAGCUGCCCUUGCCCCUCAGGGAGAAGCUGCUCUCGCCAGUGAGGGAYCCCCCRGCCCGUGAGCGCCUCGUGGUGAAAAUAGAUCUCUGCCACCUGGAAAAGGUCCCUCAGCCCCCCAGGAAAGAGGGAUGCCAGAGGAAAGCAGAGACCAAGGACCUCCCUGGUGCGAGGARGSARGACUUGAAGAGGAAAGCCACGGACACUCCUGAGGAGUCCCUAAGAAAGAAGAAGAGGGAAGAGAAGGAGGAGACUGAUAGGAAGAAAAUGAAAUCGGAAAAAGAAACAAAACCAUUGCAGUCUUCAGCUAACAAAGACUCCAAUAAAUUGAAAGGAUCAAAAGCUUCAUUUGAAACCCAGAGGAAAGAUGUGCUCCCACCACUGCCAGCCAUGUCUACUGGACAGCCUGCACCAAAGUCAACCAAGAUGACCCAAAAGAGACCCAGAACUGAGCCUGAYGAGCUUCCUGCCAUGGAUAAYCCUGCCAGGAGCAAGRGCAACCACCAGCAUCCUUUGUUUGCYAAGCACAGGAAAGUGGAGGGAAAUCAAACGGAACUGUCAAAGGGCAUCAAAGGAUCUGCAGGUGAUGUCACAAAGCCAUUCCCAGUGCCUUCUUUGCCAAAUGGUACCUCUAAGCCAAGRAGACCUCUCCUCAAGUUUGAAAAGCAGCAUUCAAAGGAAUAUUACAUCGAACAGGCCCAGAGGCUGAAGCACAAAGCUGAUGCAAUGACUGACAAGACUGGAAAGGCCYUUCAGUACCUGGAGGCUGCCCUUUUAUUCAUCGAGUAUGGGAUUGCCUUGGAAUCAGAUGUGCUGGAACCAAAGUCAGCUUACAGCAUAUUGAGUGACACCAUAGUUCUCAUCAAAUUCAUUAUGACAUUGAAACCAUUUGCAGACUCCUCUGUCUCUUCACAUGGAAAAAUCUUUGCAGUGUUACGCAUGCGCUGCCAGUCCAUUCUGCACAUGGCAAUGUUUGGYUACAAAAAAGACACUGCAAUGAGGUAUUCCAGACUCCUGAAUGACCACUUCAAGAGUAAUUUCAGAGUAACACAAGCACCUUCUCCAGGUGUUGCAAGAAGCACAGGCUUGCCUUCUCCCCUUUCUCCAAUMCCCUCUCCUGCUGGAUCUGUGAGUUCUCAGCCGGGAUCAAAUGAUAUCAACAGCAUWGGCCACAACGGCAUUGGCAACAGCGCUGGCUCUACUGUCACUGUCUCCUGCCAUAUCUCCAGUGUCACCUCCUCCUAUGUCAACAUCACCUCCUAUAUCCUCCAUGCGUAUGAAAUUUGGGAAAAGGCUGAUGCACUGGCCAAAAAGAAUAAAGAGUUUUUUGCUGAACUCAGCAGAGCAACGAGUGCUCUGGCAUUGACCAGUAGCCUGACAGACCUGGUACACUACAUCAGACAGGGAUUACAGUGGCUGAGACUGGAAGCAAAUAUGCCUUAACUGGUUCUCCAGGUGGUUAAAUACCUUGAAGUUUUUUUGCACUUUUGAAGCCUCAGAAACAGUUUAAUUUUUUUUUUUUAAUUGUUCAACACAAAGCACCUGCAAGGGAAAAAAUAUUUUAAAUAAAGUUGGAAGUUAUCUGGUUACACUGGAAAACCCUUGAACUGUUUUUCUAGAGUAGCACUUUGCUACCUUGGAAAAGAAGAGAUGGAGGAUGGCACCUUCCUUUAAAAUGAUGAAGUGCAAUGAAUUGUCUAAAUGGCCCGAUGUAUUGAUGGUCUAUAAACAUUUCUGUUACAAAUAACCAGCAGGACAAUAAUUGCACAUGAUGCUGACAAGAAGGAAAUCUGCCUCCGGAGCUGGUUAUGCAACAUCCCUCGGUCUGCAGCAGUUGUGUGCCCAGGAAACAUGCCAGAGGAGUUUUUUUUUCAAGCACAGAUGCAAUCUUUGGUGUCUCUGUUCUUCAGAGAGCAAGUAGCRACCUCAUCAAGCACCAAACAGCAUUAUAUUACAGGAAAAACAGCAAAAGGAUCUGCUCUGCCUGCUUUCUGACCUCACCCUCCUGCUUUUGUCAGCCAGSUGACAGAAUUGAGGAAGCCACUGCCAUUAGUGCUGUGAAUUUACUUUUCAAGUCAUCGCUGCUUUGGUCUUCCUUGCUGCACUCUCACACCCAUCCAUGCCCUGGGCACUCCAGCUGUGUCACCGAGGGCUUGGCUCAGCUUUGGCCAAGCACAGUUGGGGUGGCAAAACGACAGGGUGUGUUUGGAAUAGCUCUGCCUCUCUGCUGAGAGAUGUCACAAUGAGGAUUCUUUGUUGKGAUGCUUUCUGUCAUUUCGGUGGGUGGGGGUGGAGAGCUGCACUGGUUCACUGUGAUUGCUUGGACGUUGUUCUGAGUCUGAGAGAUUUCAGGGGAAGGAAUUGCUUCUGGUUAAGGAGGGACUAAGUGGCUGAAUGUGGAACAWAAGAUAAAUUUCUCAUUUGGGUAUUUGCCUGCAACCAUUGAGGGUCUUGGUGAAUAUCUAAGAGCAGGAUUUGUACCAAAGUAGGGUCUCCUUCAAGUGGGAGACAACUCCUGUGUUCACUCAACCAUACUAAAGGAUGGGCCCAGUGACUUGGAAACAUGUCAAAGGAACAAGAAAGGGAAUAAUGAGCYAUUUCCAAGCAUUUUUUCCUUAUCACAGUAAAGGUGAAGGCAGCACCCAUAGCAUUUGAGUAUUCAGUGAGAUGUCACCUUUCUGUGCCCAAAGAUUCCUUGUUGUGUGACAGCAGCAUCCUGCCAUCCUCGUACAUGAUAGUGUGCCUUAGCCCGCUGGUCCCCUCUCACAAACCUCACCUUCUCUCCUUGGCACUGCUGAAGAGAAAGGUGGAAUCCCAAAAUAACUGUGUGCAUGAGAAUGAAUUAUCUCCCUUUUCCACAUCAUUUCACGAUGGAGGAGCAGGUCUGCAGCUGUGCAGCAGUACCCCUUUGUAAAAUACCUGCCCAUGGGUUUGAGGCUCAUGAAAAUGGACAGGAAAUAAAUAUCAGCAAAAGGUCYRCAUUUCCAAAAGGAGUUUCUGUAGAAAUGGCCCUGGCCAUGGGGAAGCCUGGACUCCUCUUGGCUCUGAGAGGAGCUGGUGGGAGCAUGCUGGUCCCAAGAGCAGGGGAGCUCUCCUCUCACCUUCCCUGGCAAUGCAGGACCACCAGGGUCAUGGCUGGGCCAUUCKGAACCUUGAAGGGACUGGCUUUUUMAGUUCACUUUGUUGAAAGUCUCAGAGAAUUUCAGGGAUGAGCUAUCCUAAGAAAUGGAAGAAGAUCCCCUUCCCCAUUUUACCUAUUGAGCUUUGCUUGCACUGCUCCUUCCUGGGGCAGCAACUGCUCAGAGUAAGCCAGGGACAGAGAAGGGCUCAGCAUUAACUGUUUUGUUCUCAGGAAGCAUGGGGAUGGGCAGCCAGCCUGGAGGCUGAUGUGCACUUUGGAAUUCAAUCCCAGACUGGAGGAUCGAUGCCACCUUYGGACUUUGUCUCCAGACAAAGCUAUUUCUAGGAUCACCAGCUAAGGAGGAGGAGGAAAGACGAAAGCUUUAUUGAACCUGAAAACCACUGUGGGAGCCCGCAGGAAUCGUAGCAUAGUGUUAGGGGACAGGGCUGUCCCGGUACUCCCGUUCUGUGUGUCCAUGUCCCUCCCUGCUGUCAGCCCAGGCUCCUGCUGGAGAGGCACUUCCCCCUGGUGCCAGGGCUGCUCCUGUUCCCAGGACAAACUCCCCUGGACUUUGGGGGAAAGGAGGUGACAGGCAGUUUGUGUCACAGGUCUGUGGGCUCUCACUUCGAAAGCAUCCUGUGGAAGUGUCGCUACCAAGCUCCACAGCAGGAAGGUAGGUUUUGUUUCAGGACAUGGAGAAGACUGUUUAAAUAAUAGGAAAUUUUUUUUAAAAGCCAUCAUAUUUCAGCCUUGAGCCAGGUCAGAGGCCUGCAGAGGGUUAGGAAAGAAGCUCAUCAUUUUCACAUGGGCCUAUUCAGGCCUUUAAAAAAACAAACAAAAAUUAAAYAAAWACAGAAUACAAAACAUAGCAGUGGAAAAAACAGCAUUUGCCAUUAAGAAGCAAASCAUUAAUCCAAGGAAAACCAGGGGUGAUUGUUGAAUCCCAGAAGGAAAGGAGGCAGCUAUGGUGGCAAAGCAGCAUCAUUUCCAUGCAAUAUUUAUUUAAAAGAAAUAAUAAUACAUGUGUUGAAAUUGUCAAAUGUUCUAUUUUUAAGAUGCCAUUUAUUUAAUAGUUGAAAACCCCACUUACAUGGAGAUCRAGAUCUGAAAGUCAAAGUCUGACUGCAAUGUCCUUGUUUUUGGUUUUGUCCUUUCCCCUCCCUCUUGGUUCCCAUGAUAAAUCUGUACAUCUUAUUUUGGGGAYGUAUGUCCCUCUUGUAUAUAACCUUUUCUGCCCUGUGUGUGWUGGAAUUUCUGAGAUGGUUGAUUCAUAUGGGGGAAAUAAACAAUAAAUGAAUAUUUGUUAUGAGGUGUUUCAAGAGUCUUUGUUCUCAGCUUCUUGCAGAGAAAUUCUAGGGUAGCUCUUCUCUGA